AAUUGAAACCAACCCUAAGCUCUUUUUAUCUCCGCCCUAAAGGUAGCUUCGAUUAUUGCUGACUUAAGUAUCGGAGUGUCUACCCCGAGUUCCACCUCGGGGCUUUGCAGGUCAUCCCGGAGUGCAAGCGCAAAUUGAGGAAGGACUUCUGGUUUGGUGCAAUUACAUUGGCACCGUCUGUGGGAAUCGAACUGAAAGCUUCCUAGUUGCUCUUUUAUCAUGGUUCACACUCGAUCAGUCCGAGCUGGUAAUUCAUCUUUGCCUCUUGGGCAAGGUCAACCCCCCAACAAUCUUCCACCUCUACUCACACCUCAGCUUCCACCUCAGGUCCCAACUAUAUUCCCUCCUACUGAUCAUGCAGAAGGAGAAGAUGAAAACCAACCUCAUGCCUUAUCUCAUAACUCAACUUCCACUGCCAACCAAGAUAGGGAUGUAGAAUCUCUGAAGAACUAUAUGAGCAGGUUCAAUGAUGCAGUUUUAGAGGUUAGUUCCUUUGAUCAAGCUGUGGGAAUUGCAGCUGUGAUCUCCGGUCUCAAGCAUGACAGGUUCAGAGACAAUUUGAUCAAACAUGCUACCACCACUUUUAGCGAGGAAAAGGAUGAGGAUGGCGCAGAACCGAGGUCCGAUGUUGACCUCCCCAACGAGAUUCGGAAGGACGAACUCAACACCCCCGCAACAAUCUGCAGAGAACAGAGGCCGCAGCCUCAAGGAGUCCGCAAUCCCCCAAAUACACAAGGUGUGGGAUAUCAGCAAGCCCCACCUCCGCUCCCACCCCCAGUUAGAAUCAUACACAUGAUUACGGGAGGCCUUGAAGCAGGUGGAUUGAGCUCUAAGCAGCGAAAGCUGUAUGUCAGAGAGAUUAAACAUCAAAACCGAGCUCAAAAGCGGAAGAUUGACGAUGUUGAGUGGAAAAAUCAGCCCAUUACUUUCACGUCUGCUGAUCUCGAUAUAGUUGUUACACCCCACAAUGAUCCCUUGGUCACUUCUAUCAUGAUUAAUAACUGUGAAGUACAGCGUGUCCUUGUUGACACUGGGAGUGCACCAGACAUCAUGUACUUCUACUGUUUCGAGAGUUUGGGACUAGAUCCAGUAUUGUUGCAGAAAUAUGAUGGUCCUAUCUAUGGCUUUAACAACCAGCCUGUUCCGGUAGAAGGAGUUCUUACCCUCCAUGUGGCUUUUGGGAGUGGCAAGACCUAUGUGACUCCUUCAGUCCGGUUCCUCGUAGUCAAAAUGGCGUCCUCUUUCAACAUUGUUAUUGGUCGACCCACACUGACUGAAAUCCGAGCUGUGGUUUCCCAGUCUCACCUCUGUAUGAAGUUCCCAACUCAUACGGGAAUAGCAACACUACAAGGAAACCAGGAGGUGGCCAGACAUUGUUAUAUCACCUCAGUAACACAACUUACGAAGGGUAAAGAUCAGACACCCGAGGCCAUUCCUCAACCAAUUUCUGAUAAUCAACAAGUUAUGGGUGUUGAGAUCGUAGAUAAUCGACCGGAAGAUGAAAACAGAGCUGCUCUGGUCAAAAAUGUUGAAGAAGUGCUCAUUGAUGACAGAGAUCCGAGUAUGCCGGGAAUUCCAAAUUCAGUGUCUCAACAUAAGCUCAACACCAACCCAUUAAAGAAACCAGUGGCCCAGAAGCGGCGUCUCUUCAGGGGUGAGAGGCUUCAGGCUAUUAAAGAAGAGGUAGAGAAGCUCUUACAGGUUGGUUUUGUCAGGAAAGUUGAUUACUGUGAAUGGGUGGCCAACCCAGUCCUGGUGAAGAAGGCAAAUGUUGAAGCGGCUUCAGGCAAUGAGAGGUUAAGCCUCUUGGAUGCAUAUUCAAGGUAUGACCAAGUGCCAAUGGCUCCUGAAGACGAAGAGAAAACCUCGUUCUAUGCUGGCGAUGAAAUUUAUUGUUAUGUCAUGAUGCCGUUCGGCUUAAAGAACGCAGGUGCUACUUAUCAGAAAAUGGUGUCCAUUGUCUUCCGAGCUCAGAUCGGCAAGAAUCUGGAGGUGUAUGUGGAUGACAUUGUGGUAAAGAGUUUGAAAGCAGAAAACCAUCUAACCGACCUCGACGAAACCUUUAAUAACCUUAGAAAGAACAGGAUGCGGUUAAACCCAGCCAAAUGCAUCUUCGGAGUGGAGUCUGGAAAGUUUCUAGGUUUCAUGGUGUCCCGAAGAGGGAUUGAGGUCAAUCCAGAGAAGAUCAGAGCAAUUGCCGAUAUGGAACCGCCAAAAUCAGUAAAAGAUAUACAGAGGUUAACUGGAAGAGUGGCAGCUCUUCAUCGAUUCAUAUCGAAGUCAACAGAUAAGUGCCUGCCAUUCUUCAAGAUUAUGAGGUCGGCCGCCCAGAAGGAUGAAUCAGGAAAACAGAAGAAAUUUGAAUGGAGUCAGGAGUGCCAAACUACAUUCGACGAGCUGAAGUCUUAUCUUAGCUUGCCACCUCUAUUGACUAAGGCCAUCGAUGGGAAAAUUCUUUAUUUGUAUCUGGGAAUUUCAGAUGAAGCCAUUAGUUCAGUUCUGGUGCGAGAUGAAGCCAAGCAACAAAAACCAAUAUAUUAUAUUAGCAGUAUACUGCACGGAGCAGAGCUGAGGUAUCCUAUAGCUGAGAAAGCAGCAUUAGCAGUUGUCACUUCGGCCAGAAAGUUGAGGCCAUAUUUCCAGUCACACCCAAUUAUCGUUCUCACAGAGCAACCUCUUAGGCAGAUUUUGCAGAAACCAGAAUCAAACAUCCGAGCUCAAGCAUUAGCAGAUUUUAUUGUCGAAUGUACUCCAUGUCCUUCAACCUCUAAUCCAGAGCCCAACGACUGGACCUUAUAUGUUGACGGAGCAUCUAGUAGCAAGGGUUCAAGGGCUGGCGCUCUCUUGAUUGGUCCAGAGGAAUAUCGAAGUGAACAUGCCCUGAAGUUCAACUUUGAUGCGACAAAUAACAUAGCUGAGUAUGAAGCUCUGCUACUUGGUCUACAGUUAGCAUUGGAGUUGAAAAUCAGUGCAAUUCAAGUAUACAGUGACUCCCAGUUGAUGGUAAACCAAAUCAACUCAAUCUGCGAAGUUGUUGAUCCUGUGAUGGCAGAUUCACUCUCCAAGUUUGCCUCUAAUAGCUCUUUAAGUUCCAGAUCCGUUUUUGUGGAGAUCUUAGAUGAACCAAGCUUUAUGAAACCACGGACAAUGGAGAUUAGCACAGACCUUGACACGCCGAGUUGGACUGAUUCAAUUAUCUCCUUUUUGCGAGAUGGAAUAGUACCUGAGGACAGAUCUUUCUCACUCCCUCUUCUACGGUGUUUAAACCCCUAUGAAACCGAGUAUGCACUUCGGGAGGUACAUGAAGGUGUCUACGGGAGCCAUGUGGGUGCUAGGACCCUGGCUCACAAAGUCUUAAGGCAAGGAUAUUACUUGCUAAACAUGUACAAAGAUGCCACUUACUUUGUUCAGAAAUGCCCGAAAUGUCAAUUCUUUGCACAUCUGACCCACCAACUAGCAGAAGCCAUUUGCUCAUGGGUUGAAACUCGGCCUUUAUCUAGUCUUACCUCCAAGAAGGUCGAAGAUUUUGUUUUCAGCUCGAUCAUCUGCAGAUAUGGGAUCCCAAAUCAGAUUUUCACCUCCGUUUAUCAUCCGGAGUCCAAUGGUAUGGUUGAAUCUGUUAACAAAUUCAUUUUGGAAGGUAAAAGGUCGAGAUUGGAACAGCAUAAGGCCAAGUGGGCAGACGAGCUCAACAACGUCUUUUGGGCAUACAGAACCACGAGCCGAACUACCACAGGUGAAACACCCUACCACUUGGCCUUUGGCACCGAAACAGUCAUUCUUGCUGAGAUAGGAGUCCCAAGCUUCCGGGUCACCCAUUUCGAUGAAGGACGAAAUGGACAACUGCUUCGGGAAAACCUUGAUCUGCUUGCCGAAGUCAGAGAAGAAGCUCGGCUUCGAACUCUUGUAUACAAGCAGAAACUAGCCAACUUCUACAAUAAAUGGGUCCGCCCUCGAACAUUCAAAGUAGGAGACCUUGUUCUCAGAAAAGCUGGCCUAACAGGGUUUGAAACUCGUUUUGGCAAACUCGCCCUGAAUUGGGAAGGCCUUUAUGCCGUGGCCGAAGUGCCACAUCUUGGUGCCUAUGUCCUCCAAGACGCUGAAGGAAAGAGAGUUCCUAGAGUUUGGAAUGUCAAUAACUUGAACAAAUUUUACCCCUAAUAAAAUUUUUUCAAGUGAUCUAUGUCUUACUGUUCUUUACGCUUCUCACUUCGUGUUUGUUAAGAUUCAUUUUACUUCUUAUUCUAUGUACCCGAGGUCAAUUAGUCCUUUCAUUCCUUGAACCUCACAUCUGACUAAUAAAUGUCACUUCACAUA